AUGCCUAAGGAAACAACCAAGCGUGGAAAGACCGGCAAGGUCGAGAAGAGAAAGGGAAAGAAGGACCCCAACGCGCCCAAGCGUGGUCUCUCUGCCUACAUGUUCUUCGCCAACGAGCAACGAGAGAACGUCCGUGACGAGAACCCUGGCAUUUCAUUCGGCCAAGUUGGCAAGAUCCUCGGUGAGCGAUGGAAGGCCCUUAACGACAAGCAGCGAGCUCCCUACGAGGCCAAGGCCGCUGCCGACAAGAAGCGAUACGAAGACGAGAAGCAAGCCUACCAGGCCGAAUCCGAUUAG